AUGAAUAAAUACGCAGCCCUACUGGCAGGCUGCUCACAGUCAAGCCGAGGUGAAAAGGCAGACCGAGGUCUGGCUCUCCCGGCGCCUGUGAGACCCCGUCCUGGCACCAUGCGGGGCAUAGUCAUCUGCCUGAUGGUCCUCUUCUCAGGGACAGUGGCCCGCAAGUCCAGCCUGCAGGGGCAGGAUCGCCUCCUGGUUAGACUGCGCCAACUCAUUGAUGUCGUUGAUCAGCUGAAAAAUUAUGUGAAUGACUUGGACCCUGAAUUUCUGCCAGCUCCAGAAGAUGUGAAGAGACACUGUGAGCGAUCGGCAUUUUCCUGUUUCCAGAAGGUCCAACUGAAGUCGGCAAAUGCAGGACACAACGAGCAGAUAAUCAGCCUGCUAACGAAACAGCUGACGCGGACACUGCCCCACACCAGCGCAGGGAGAAGACAGAAACAGAGAGAGAUGUGCCCUUCGUGUGAUUUUUAUGAGAAAAAGCCGCCCAAAGAAUUCCUAGAGAGACUGAAGUCACUCAUCCAAAAGAUGAUCCACCAGCACCUCUCCUAGAGCCUGGGAGGGGAAGGGUCCCGAGGACCUGCCGGCAGCUGGACACUACGGGACGGGCUCCACCGCAGCAGUGAGACGCACUUCUGGCGCUCCACAUGCAGGGACACAGCACAUCAGUGAGCAGAGGGAAACUCAGGCCAGGUUCAGAGUCGGGACUGUUUCCCCCUCGUCACUGCUCAAUACUUCAGUUUAAUCCACAUGGUCUGUGUCUGUUCAACUUGAAAAAACUGCCUGCUCAUUAGAAUCUGGUUUCCUAUGCUGUGGGUUUCUAUGACCUAAACUUUGUGCUUACUGGCCCAACUACCACAUUUCUUGAUUGGGCAGAGGCUUAAAAUUUUUAACCAAAAAUACAGUUUGGGAAUUUACUGAUCUUCUAUUAACUUUGAUCUUGAUUACCACAAGAAUGAGGCCUCUUAUAAUCAUAACCUGAAAGUUACACACCUUCAUUCAAGCUGAAAUAUAUAGAAGUGUGGAGUCAAAAUGGAAAAUUGAAGUCUUUAGUUGUUUAAUGAAAUGAAAACUGAGUGUUUAAAAAUGUGUACCUGAAGAGUUUACUUUUUAUCACAGAAUGUCUAACAUUUGAAUAUAUAAUUUAUUUAUGUGCCAGGGGAUAUCUUUACCAGAUGGCUACACAAAAACUCUUACUUCCUUAUCGGGAUAGAUGAGAUAUUUAAAUACCAUGGAUGUGAAUGUAUUUAUGAAAGACUUUUGUCUUUUUCCUGUCAGUGGGCUCAGCAGCACAGUCCCAGCCCAAGUCCCCCGAUAAGCUAACACUGUGUGCUUGUGGCACGGCAGUGCCGCCGCGGAGGGCCAGCCGGCCGGCCUCCAGAGCUGCAGCCGGGCUCGAGGCAGCUCUCUUCCCCACGGCUGGGGCAGCUGCACGGGGCGGAGCUGACUGCUCCAAACGCCCAAUGCCGUCUCGCUUCCUCUUCUUUCUUUCAAAAAUGACAGACAAUUGGUGUUUGCACGCUUUACCUAAGGCAGAUUCAGUCACCUGUAGACGAUCAAAGUCAGGAUACAAAUGGGGAGGCCAGGGCUCCCGUCGGCACAGAGCGCAGACUCGGCCACUGAUGUGCCGCCACCCAAGCUCGGCGGUAAAGACAAGCAACUGCUGUGACUGCCAUUUCAUAUCAAUUCCACAGCUUGCUCAAGUGGGCAGUUAGACACUCUAGAAAAAGAAAAUCUGUGCUAGAACAUUAUUUGAGAAUAUGUGAAUCUUAUGAGAAAAAAACCACCCAAAGGAUUCCUAGAGAGACUGAAGUCACUCAUCCAAAAGGUACCUUGAAGUUACGUUCGCCUUCUGCCCUCACUCCCGUCCGGCUGUGUCCUGUGUCAGGCUGUAUCUUAUUAUUUAAGUGAGAAUCACUUAUUGUUAAAAUGGUUGUGAGUGUGCAAGAAGAUGUUGUAUGGGACAUGCUUUAUGCUCAGAAGAAGAAUGAUCUACUUAAAAGUAUCUUAAGAAGUAUUUUUAUAGUUCUAAAAGAUGUUAGGGAUCAUCAUGCCAUUAAACCUCCAUGAGAUGUUUUACCAGCUGCAACGAGGUAACUCUGUUUUAAAACUGAAGAUGCUCUUGCAAAGGAAUCGUGCAGACAGGUGUGCAAUGGCCUCACCGCGCACAGAGAGCCGCCCCGGUGUGCGGGGUGUGGGGUGCGGGCCAGGCUGCGGGGGAAGCUGGAGACCAGGCACGGAGCUGAUGUGGCCUGAGGGAGUCUUCACUCCUUGUUUCCGGCUUUCUAGCUGUUUGUUGACUUCUCUGACACUGUGAUUUUGUAUUUAAAAUAAUAUAUUUAUUUUUGGUAUGUUUACUGUUAAUAAAUCUGUUGUAAUCCAUUUGACCAGAGAUUUUACCUUCAAAGUAAAAGUAAUUUAGUGGGGUGUUCACUAAGAGCCUUCACUAACCUGAGUUCGAAGCCUUGGGCAAAGGGGCUCGUGGCACCCUGAGAAAGAGCAGCGCAUCGGCAUGCUCAAGGUGAGGAGCAAGACCGAGACAGCUUCCCUGCUCCAUGUGCAAGACUAGGCCAGCCCUCAAAAGCCCUGGGAGGCUAACCCAUAGCAUUACUGGUCACCUGCAGGGAGUCAGGCAGGACACUUGCAGUCUUGCUGGUCGUAGCACUUGCUUACAUUUGGGGGGUUUCUACGUUCCCCCCUGUAAAAUAAGGCUGUUGGACUUAAUAUCUAAGGGCUAGUCUGCCUUUUUUUUUUUUAAAAAAAAAAGAGCUUAAUGUGUCUCUG